AUGAAGCUGAGCACCGUGACCUUUUCUCUCUGUGCCACCGGCGUCGUGGCCAUCCCGCGCCCGUCCGCCGGCACCGAUGACGUCGCCGCGUGGUGGCAGAGCGUCGCCUCGCUGGAAUCACUCGCGGGCGAGGCUAUUCAGCGCUCGACCGACGCCGCCGUCGGUGCUGCGCAGCAGAUGCGCGACAAGGCUCUCGAAGCGCUCCGCAGCCUCGACCACCCUCCCAAGCAUCCCAAGCCCGGCAAGCCCGGCAAGGGCGGCCCCGAGCUGACCAUCUACCAGACCCUGCAGGCCUUUGACGGCGCGUCCGAGUUUACCAAGCUCCUCGACGACUUCCCCAAGCUGAUUGACGCGCUCAACAGCACCGACGGCGAGCACACGCUGUUUGUGCCCCUGAAUGGCGCGUUUGACAAAAUCCCAGACAAGUACAAAAAGCCCAGCCAUGAAGCGUUGGACAAGUUUCUGCACUACCAUGUCGUGGCAGGGGCGAAAAACGCCGUGGAUGUGCUGAGGAGCUACACGCUCGAAAGUGAGGCCGAGGAGCGCGGUUUGGGUGGCGAGCACCAGCGCAUCCGUGUUGGUGCGAGCUUCCGGGGUGUAACGCUUAAUGGCUAUUCCAAAAUCAAGGCCGUGGACAUUAAAACGACCAACGGAGUGAUCCAUGUCAUCAGUGACGUGCUCGUGCCGCCACCGCCGCUGGGCCCGAUCCUCACCUUCUUCCCCUCGUACUUUUCCACGCUGCUGCUGGCGUACGAGAAGACGGACUUUGUCAAGUUCGUCCACGGCCAGCACAUUGCCGGCAGCACCCUUUUCGCGCCGAGUAACGAUGCCUUCAAGAGCCUCGGCGCGCGGGCCAACGCGUUCCUCUUCAACACCGACAAGGGCGCCAAGUAUCUCGAGGCGAUUCUCAAGUACUCCAUUGCGCCCAACGCGACCGUGUACAGCGAUGCAUUCUACGACAAGCGAACGGCUACUGCUGCGGGCCACCAGGACCACUACAGCCUGGAUACCUUCUUGCCCGGCGCGGCCAUUAGUGUCGACAUUGCCACGGUGCUGGGCUUCCGCGUCAUCAACAUCAACGGCUUCACGGGCGUCAAGUUUCACGAUGCGAUUGGCAGCAAUGGCGUGAUUCAUGUCGUGGAUAAGAUCAUCUUCCCGCCACACAAGGGGAAGCAUGGCAAGACGGAGGACAUCAGCGUUGAGGAGUUGAUGGAGAGGCUUGCGCCGUUUGUGACGGCGGAGGCGGACGAGGGAUCGGAAGAGCUGUAA